GACCGAGACUUCAUCAUGACCUUCAAUACCUCACUGCACCGCUCGUGGUGGAUGGAGAACGGGCCGGGCUGCCUGGUGACGCCGGUGCUCAACUCCGACCUGGCGCCCGAGGACCACCACGUCAUCACCGUCAGCGGCUGCCUGCUCGACUACCAGUACAUCGAGGUGGUCAGCAGUGCCACGCAGAUAUUCCUGGCGCUCUUUGGCUUCGUCUACGCCUGCUACGUCAGCAAAGUGUUCCUGGAGGAAGAGGACAGCUUCGACUUCAUUGGUGGGUUUGACUCCUACGGCUACCAGGCGCCACAGAAGACAUCACACCUACAGCUA